GCUUCAACCUGUUCCGUCGCGAUUCUUGAGUCGUUGAGUUCUGUCCCCAGUGCUACCAUCUACCAUUUAUCGCGGAAAACUGCUGUCGGAUUCUGCCUGUUGAGGCGUAACCAGUAAGUGAGGUUCCGUACUUGUUUGGCAACAACAACCCUGAUCAUGGCCAUGUCAAAUCGCUAUAAGUUCUCUGUUAUUUCUGCGUGCACCUUCGAGCUUGAGCUGAGCUUCGUUGGUAAAAUUCAAACUCUGCGUGCAGUUUCUAUGUUUAUCAAUGUUAUCGUGGCGUUGGCCGUUCAAAGCCGCGCGUUCCUUCCUGUAGACGGUAUUCUCUAUGGAUAUUCAAAAGUUCAACAACGACCUUGAUUGACUCCAGCAAACCGGUAGUGAGCUUGUCAUCUUAUGAUUUUGGUUUCAAUCCCAGCAAUCGGACUUUCUGCUAACUCAUCAGUGCCUCUCAUUCCCUUCUUCCAGAAUGGUGGCGUGCAGGCGCCACUCCUGGCAUUCUUGCCGUCAUCACAUACACCGCCAUCGCUCUCUUCACUCGAUCUGCCUGAAUACCCUACAGUAGCAACAUAUUCGUCUCAACCCGCCAGGGCACCAGACGUUGUGCUGGACGCCUCUCGGGAACAUGCCAUACCUACUAUCGCCAUCCCUACAGCCCAUACUUCAAAUGAGCGACCAUUCAACCAAGAACAUACCCCCAGUAAGAACAAGGAGGUGUUAGAACUUCUGUCAGAAACCAAAUCGAAGAGUAAAACACCCGCCAUCGUGGCAGCUGCAGGAACUCUCUUCAGUCUUCGCGCCUUUUCCGAUCUAUACCAAAAAGUAAACUCCGAACGAGUUACACCGCCUCCAGAUCGUCCGGAAGAGUUGACGUGGGUCACCUCAUCACAAUCCUGGGUAGAACGUAAAGUCUGUACCUGGUUCGGACUCUGCGAUGUACCCCGUCUGGACAGGGCACAGUGGAUCACCAAGUCCAAGACACAUAACUCUUCAGCGGAAACGGAGGAUGCUAAGAUAGACCUCCAUGACUUCUGGGUCAGUGCUCAGAACCCGUUUGACGACUUGACGGGACAGGAGGAGAACGAUAUACCUAAAUACGUCUUGAAACAUGCGCCUCUCGUUCACCUUUAUUCCGGCGAACAAUACUGGCCAUGCGACAUGCAGGACCAUCUGAUCCACACCACGCCUCACCUGAAUUAUACUGCCCUCCAAGCUGUAGAUGAUCAUCCGAACCUAUCGAAUCUCGCCGAUCUCAAUAGAUGGGGACGUUUUGUGUACCUGCAGAGUGACGAUAAUGUCGAGGACUACCCAGAAUGGCUAGGGGGAGAGGUCAACAUACCAAAUCCUCCGAACCGAAGAGACAAGGAUGCUAAUUGGAAGAGGGAUGGUCAUCGGGAGGGUCAGAUUGAAGAGGAGGACGAAGAGAUUUUGCAAACUCAGCGUCGCAGGUUGAUGGGCAAGAAGGUUGUAGGCGGUAAGAGCGAUGCGCCUGCAGUACUUAUUGUUGUACCCAAAGACGAUGGUGUUGUGGAUGCAUUCUGGUUCUUCUUUUACAGUUAUAACCUUGGCCCCACCGUCUUCAACGUGCGCUUUGGCAAUCAUGUUGGCGAUUGGGAGCACACUGCGGUUCGUUUCCAGAACGGCGUUCCAAAGGCUGUGUACUAUAGUGAACACGCUGCUGGAUCGGCGUACACCUGGGACGCCGUGGAAAAAAUUGGCAAACGGCCUGUCAGUUAUUCUGCCAUUGGAACCCACGCCAUGUACGCCACACCAGGCGUUCACCCAUACGCCCUGCCAGGCGGCAUACUGCACGACGUUACCGACCGCGGUCCACUAUGGGAUCCUGUCCAAAACAUGUACUCCUUUACGUAUGACUACAAAAGCGACCACAUUGUGCCUUCAACACUCAGUCCGAAUGUUCCUGUUAAUUGGUUCUAUUUUGGGGGCCACUGGGGUGACAAAUUUUAUCCACUGAGCGACCCACGACAAUACCGAUUCCUGGGCCAGUAUCAUUAUGUGAACGGACCCCUAGGCCCGCGGUUCAAGAAUUUGGGACGCCAAACGAUUUGUAUAGGGAGUGGGGAGUGUGUCAUAAAGAGGUGGCUCGGUGAAAAGCGCGUGCCUCCUGUUAAGGAAUACCCCAUCAUCGGCGAAGGCGAGGAGAUGAGUGAGGAGGAUGCCCGACGUGUGUUUGGUGUUGAUUAUGACUUUGCAUCAUGGAAAGGUAAGGAUGAAAAUGUUAUCUAAGACGAUUAAUGCGAGCUCAUUCUACUGGUACUCUGAGGCGUUGACAUGGCAGAUGCAU